GAUGCUGGCGCAGUCGUCACGGCAGCGCGGGCCCGCCGCGCCACACUCGAUGAGGCGGCGUUGUGCACAGUGGGUGUGGACAUGGCUAUGCGUGUGGACGGCAGCGGCAACAGCGAUGCCGCCACCUGCACUGCCCGGCAAGCGGGAUGUGUUCGUAUCACGUGGCUGGGGGGCCGGCGGAAUGCCCUUCAGUGUGCUCUACCUACCCGCACCUGUCCUGCCUGCAGGCGAGCCACAGCCACAGUCAGAACAGCCUGUGUCACAGGCACUUACAUUUCCCAAUGGAGCAGAGGAAGAGGACGAUGAAACUGAUAUCCCAGAAAUUGCUGAACAAGAUGCCGGCCUACCUCAAACAGCUGCCUACCGUGCGAUGGAGCUGCGUAAUGCUAGGGAGCUCCUACAGCAACCACUAUCCCGCAAGCACUAUUCUGUCAUACCUCAGCUGUUCGUAUCUUAUGGUUGGGGCCCACUUGGAAAAUAAAACUGGAAUUUUCAUCCACUCUAUUCCACUCUAUACUCAAAAGCUCCAGUGUAUGUGAAUGAACUUAUUUAACUAAUACAAUCAAUUUUUGGCAAGUUUGUCAACUU